AUGACACGCAACAAGAAGUUGUCCUUAGGGGAAUACUGGAGUAGAGACAAACUCCUGCGUAGUGAUAUUUUUGGAGAGAUUAUGCCUAGAGAUCGCUAUUUUAAAUUGUUAUCUAUGCUACAUUUCAACCAAAAUAUCACAUCUACCAAUGAUAAAUUAUAUAAAAUAAGGAACGUGAUUGAUAUGCUCCGAAAAAAUUUCAGUAAAUCAUUUUAUCCGUACCAAAAAUUAUGCAUCGAUGAAAGUUUACUUCUAUAUAAAGGGCGGCUUUCAUUCAAACAAUACAUUCCUUCAAAAAGAAGUAGAUUUGGGAUAAAAUCAUUUAUUCUUUGUGAUUGUCGAACUGGUUAUAUACAGGAUCUUAUUGUUUAUGCCGGAUCAUCGACUAUGAUCAACAGCCAAAAUAAGAAAAUCGGAAAAUCGGGAGCGAUAGUAGAAGCACUAAUGGCGCCCUAUCUUGGAAAAGGACAUACAGUUUUCCUAGAUAAUUGGUAUUCAAACAUGGUGCUAAGCACUAUAAAUUCGACACGGAAAUCUCUAAAAUGGUACCGUAAAUAUUUUUUUCAUUUGCUGGACAUAUGCGUGUGGAAUGCAUAUUGUCUUUAUAAGCAUAACACGCGAAAACCGAUAUCUAUGGCCAAAUUUCACUUGAAUUUAAUCCGACAAAUACUGCAAAAGUAUCGUAUGAAUAUGUCUUAUCAUCAUCAAAAAAGCAAGAACAAUCCAUUAAGACUAAUAGAACGGCAUUUUCCAUCACUAUAUAAACCACAAAGAAAAAACCGAAAUAGAAGGUGCGUCGUCUGCACGGCAAAUGAUAAAAGACGCGAGUCUCGAUAUGAGUGUAAAGAUUGUAAUGUUGGUCUCUGCGUGGAACCUUGCUUUAGAAUUUAUCACACUGAGUUACAAUACUAA